AUGACUGGCCGCGGCAAAGGAGGUAAAGGACUCGGCAAAGGAGGUGCCAAGCGUCAUCGAAAGGUUCUCCGUGAUAACAUCCAGGGAAUCACCAAACCAGCCAUUCGUCGUCUCGCCCGUCGUGGAGGAGUGAAGCGUAUCUCCGGUUUGAUCUACGAAGAAACCCGCGGUGUGCUGAAAGUGUUCCUAGAAAAUGUUAUCCGGGAUGCUGUGACCUACACUGAACAUGCCAAGCGAAAGACCGUUACCGCGAUGGAUGUCGUCUAUGCGCUGAAACGCCAAGGACGCACUCUGUACGGUUUCGGCGGUUAAAUUAUCAAAGCCGAUACUGUCAUACAAACGGCCCUUUUAAGGGCCACCAU